CCGUCACUUGGCUUGGUUGUUCACCUCCGCACGGUCCGCCAUCACCAUUUCGUCACGAAAGCUUUUAUCCUGCUUGUUUGUAUGUACAAAUUUUGUGAUUACUACUAAAUAACUACCUACGUACCUUAUCGAGUUCGCCAUAACACCCCGCAAAGAUGUAUGAUACCGAAGAUGAUCAAUAUGAGGAAGAAGAUGUUGAAGAAAUUUCUACAGAACUUUGGCAAGAAGCCUGCUGGAUAGUUAUCAACGCUUACUUUGAUGAAAAGGGUCUAGUACGACAACAAUUAGAUAGUUUUGAUGAGUUUAUCCAAAUGUCAGUUCAACGCAUUGUAGAAGAUUCACCACCUAUAGAACUGCAAGCUGAAGCACAACAUUCAUCAGGUGAAAUAGAGACUCCUCCAAGGUACUUGUUGAAAUUUGAUCAAAUUUAUCUUUCCAAGCCUACUCACUGGGAGAAAGAUGGUGCACCAUCCCCUAUGAUGCCUAAUGAAGCUCGACUUCGUAAUCUCACUUAUUCAGCCCCUUUGUAUGUUGACAUCACGAAAACAAUUGUCAAGGAAAAUGAAGAUCCAAUUGAAACCCAACAUCAAAAGACAUUUAUAGGUAAAAUACCCAUCAUGCUUCGAUCAACAUAUUGCCUAUUGAGCCAUCUUACUGACAGAGAUUUGACAGAGUUGAAUGAGUGCCCACUUGAUCCUGGUGGUUACUUCAUAAUUAAUGGAUCAGAGAAGGUACUGAUUGCUCAAGAAAAGAUGGCUACAAAUACUGUGUAUGUAUUUAGUAUGAAAGAUGGAAAAUAUGCAUACAAAACUGAAAUAAGGUCUUGUUUGGAACAUAGUUCAAGGCCCACAUCUACUCUGUGGGUCAAUAUGAUGGCCAGAGGUGGACAAAGUAUAAAAAAAUCUGCUAUUGGGCAACGCAUAAUUGCUAUCGUACCAUACAUCAAACAAGAAAUCCCUAUUAUGAUUGUAUUUAGGGCACUUGGGUUUGUUGCUGAUAGAGAUAUUUUAGAACACAUCAUAUAUGAUUUUGAUGAUCCUGAAAUGAUGGAAAUGGUAAAACCAUCCUUAGAUGAAGCCUUUGUUUUCCAAGAGCAAAAUGUUGCACUUAAUUUCAUAGGUUCAAGAGGUGCCCGCCCUGGUGUUACAAAAGAUAAACGCAUAAAGUAUGCCAGAGAAAUUCUACAGAAAGAAAUGUUGCCACAUGUUGGAGUGUCAGAUUUUUGUGAAACCAAAAAGACAUAUUUCUUGGGCUAUAUGGUCCAUAGAUUGUUAUUAGCUGCCUUGGGUCGUCGUGAGUUGGAUGACAGAGAUCAUUAUGGCAAUAAGAGACUUGAUUUGGCUGGUCCAUUGUUAGCUUUCUUGUUUAGAGGGCUGUUUAAAAAUUUAUUGAAAGAAGUAAGAAUGUUUGCCCAGAAGUUUAUUGACAGAGGGAAGGAUUUCAACCUUGAACUUGCUAUCAAAACAAGAAUAAUUACUGAUGGCCUUCGUUAUUCUCUAGCUACAGGCAAUUGGGGAGAUCAGAAAAAAGCUCAUCAAGCUAGAGCUGGAGUAUCACAGGUGUUGAACAGAUUGACGUUUGCCUCCACAUUAUCACAUUUACGUCGUGUCAACUCUCCUAUUGGGCGAGAUGGUAAAUUAGCUAAACCUCGCCAGUUGCACAAUACAUUAUGGGGUAUGAUCUGUCCUGCUGAAACUCCUGAAGGUGCUGCUGUAGGACUUGUUAAAAACUUAGCUUUGAUGGCUUACAUUUCUGUAGGCAGUCAACCAUCUCCUAUUCUGGAGUUUUUGGAAGAGUGGUCCAUGGAAAAUUUGGAAGAAAUUGCACCAUCAGCCAUCGCUGAUGCAACAAAAAUAUUUGUUAAUGGCUGUUGGGUGGGUAUUCACAGGGACCCGGAACAAUUAAUGGCCACCCUGAGAAAGCUGAGGCGUCAAAUGGACAUUAUUGUGUCUGAAGUCAGUAUGAUUCGUGAUAUAAGAGACAGGGAAAUUAGAAUUUAUACAGAUGCUGGUAGAAUUUGCCGACCUUUAUUGAUAGUGGAAAACGGAACAUUGUUAUUGAAGAAAAAACACAUUGACAAUCUAAAAGAAAGAGAUUAUAAUAAUUAUGGAUGGCAAAAUCUUGUGGCUAGUGGGGUAGUAGAAUAUAUUGAUACAUUGGAAGAAGAAACCGUCAUGAUAGCUAUGAGUUCUGAAGAUUUGGCCCAAAUUAAAGAAUAUGCUUACUGCAACACAUAUACUCAUUGUGAGAUACACCCUGCUAUGAUAUUAGGAGUUUGUGCAUCCAUUAUUCCAUUCCCUGAUCACAAUCAAAGUCCAAGGAAUACAUAUCAAAGUGCUAUGGGUAAACAAGCUAUGGGUGUGUACAUAACCAACUUUCAUGUUCGUAUGGAUACUCUUGCUCAUGUACUUUAUUAUCCACACAAACCACUGGUAACAACACGCUCAAUGGAAUAUUUGCGGUUUAGAGAACUCCCAGCUGGUAUUAACUCAAUUGUAGCUAUAUUGUGUUACACAGGAUAUAAUCAAGAAGACAGUGUCAUUUUAAAUGCAUCUGCUGUAGAAAGAGGAUUCUUUAGAUCUGUGUUCUAUAGAUCCUAUAAAGACUCAGAAUCUAAAAGAAUAGGGGAUCAAGAGGAGCAAUUUGAAAAGCCUACCAGACAGACAUGUCAGGGAAUGAGAAAUGCUUUAUAUGAUAAACUGGAUGAUGAUGGUAUUAUUGCCCCAGGAAUUCGUGUGUCGGGUGAUGAUGUUGUUAUUGGCAAGACAAUCACUCUACCUGAAAAUGAUGAUGAAUUGGAAGGAACUACAAAGCGUUUCACAAAACGUGAUGCAUCUACAUUUUUACGUAACAGUGAAACUGGUAUUGUAGAUCAGGUGAUGUUGACACUAAAUAGUGAAGGGUACAAAUUUUGUAAAAUCCGUGUACGUUCCGUACGUAUUCCACAGAUAGGUGAUAAAUUUGCAUCUCGUCAUGGGCAAAAAGGAACAUGUGGAAUACAAUAUCGUCAAGAAGACAUGCCAUUUACCUGUGAAGGCCUUACUCCUGAUAUUAUAAUUAAUCCUCAUGCUAUCCCAUCUCGUAUGACUAUUGGGCAUUUAAUUGAAUGUAUUCAAGGUAAAGUGUCAUCCAACAAAGGAGAGAUUGGUGAUGCAACUCCCUUCAAUGAUGCUGUAAAUGUGCAAAAAAUUUCGUCACUGUUGCAAGAAUAUGGUUAUCAUCUUCGUGGAAAUGAAGUAAUGUAUAAUGGACAUACAGGACGAAAGAUCAACGCCCAAGUAUUUUUGGGUCCAACAUAUUACCAACGUCUUAAACAUAUGGUAGAUGACAAAAUUCAUUCCAGGGCUAGAGGACCGGUCCAAAUUUUAGUUAGACAACCCAUGGAGGGAAGAGCUCGAGAUGGUGGGUUGCGUUUUGGUGAAAUGGAACGGGAUUGUCAAAUAGCUCAUGGAGCAGCACAAUUCCUACGCGAGCGCCUUUUCGAAGUAUCAGAUCCCUAUCGUAUCCAUGUUUGUAACUUCUGCGGUUUGAUUGCCAUAGCCAAUCUGAGGAACAAUACAUUUGAGUGUAAAGGCUGCAAGAAUAAAACUCAGAUUUCGCAAAUUCGUUUACCAUAUGCGGCGAAGCUACUUUUCCAAGAACUAAUGUCAAUGAAUAUUGCACCAAGAUUGAUGGUAAUAAAUUGAAAUUAAGAUACUAAUUACGUAAGCAUUACUGACAUACCAUGUAUUUGAAAAAAUGUUUUAUUGAAUAAAAAUUUCUAGAAUA